UGCCUCCAGUCACCUGCUGGACAUGUUGGACGUGGAAGCACUUGACGACCAGUCUGGAUGGAUCUACCUGCAGAUGCCCGACACAUGUGGAUUCUGUUUCCAGAUUACUUAGGGAGUGACCUCCUGCUCUCUUGAUUGGGAAAAAAGCAGAUUUAAGUUUUAUUUAUGCUAUGACUUCGAACAAUUAUGAGUUUUUAAACUGGAAUAACAGUUGUUUAUUUGAACUCUGUAAACAUUAACGGCAAGGAUUUUUUUUCAUUUUUUUUUCCUCAAGCAACGUGACCCAGGACCGAAUUGGACAAGGUUUUUGUUUCAACUGGACAUCAGACUGAUUUAGAGAUGACUGGACCUGUGCAUGCUGGUUUAAUACUUUUUACGCUUGUGGUGGUGUGUGAGAGCGAGCCGACACAUGUUGGGGCUGACAGAAUGGCAGACGCGCAUGGACACUCCAGAUACGUCCAUUUGACGUCCCAGUGGGCCCUGGUGCUGGUCAAUGACUCGGUGGACAUCUUCAGGGCUGAGAGUUCCUGCAGAGGUCAGUUCAGCUCACUUUCCACCCUGGACCAGUUGGAGGUCCGGGAGGGGGCCUUGGACUUGCUGCGUCAGGCUCGACUCCAGUCACCGGUCUGGAUCAACAGUACCUCCCAAGAGGCCUCCAAGCCCGUGCCCCUCUCCAAGCAGUACGUACAGUUCUCGGCUCUGAACUUCCCCAAAGCGUCCAGAGAGGGUUUCGCCCGCGUCAACAGGUCAUUCCCCGCAUUAUCCUCCAUCAGCGUGUGCGUUCGUGUUCAGUGGGACCCGGACUGGAACGAAGUGUCCACCAUCUUCUCCUACGCGGCGCCUGUCUUCACCAACGAGUUCCAGCUGCGGGGCCAGCGGGACACGCAGGGUCGGAUCGUGCUGGCCCUCAUCGUCCACGGGAAGCAUCUCCCUUACAAGGCGUCCUUCGCCAACGACGGGGCGUGGCACCACGUCUGCGUCACCUGGAGCAGCAGCCUGUGGGCCAUCUACGUGGACGGGGAGCGAAAGGACUUGGGCUCAGGCGCGGACACUUCCAGGGAUAUCCACGCUGACGGGAUCCUCAUCCUGGGUCAGGACCAGGACUCGUUUGGAGGGAAUUUCACCGAGCCCUUUUUUGGGAAUAUCACCGAUUUGAAUGUUUGGAAUAGUUCUCUGGAAAGCCGCCAUGUUCGCGCUCUGAGUGGAUGCUCGGUCUUGAGUCAGGCCAUGCUCUUCAGCUGGGGCCUUGAUCACGUGAUCAGCCACCCGUCGGUCAAGGAAGUCCAGGCGCUGCUGUUUUGCCCAGCGAGGCAUCAGCAGACGGAAGUGCAAGGCUGCAGAACGCUGCAGACCCAAGCGGACCAACAACUGCUGAUGAGGCUGACCGACUGCUCGGAACCACUUCCCUUCAUCUGCAUGAGCAGCAAAGAACGAUACCUGAAGAUGAAGCAGAUCAGUGAUUCCCAGAGCUCUCAUCCUACUGCCUUUAUGAACCAUCUAAUGAAGCUGUCCAAUAACAGCCAGGCAGUGUUGGGGCAGCAGCCAUCAGGCCUGAGUAGCCUCGGCGAAGCAUCCGCCUUGUUGGACGUGUCCGUCCAGGCUCUGCGGGACACCAAGCAGGAGGGCCUGCAGCCAGAAGACAUGGUGUCCCUCAUCCAGUUGCUGUCGCUGGCCGCCGAUGUCACGCUGCAGCCGGCCGCCGCCGCCAAUCACACCGAGGAGAACAUCCAGGAGCUGGGCCAGCACUUCAUCAGCGUGGCGGACAGCGUCAUCAGCCAGGACAAUGCCUUCAAGUGGCAGGCCAUCAAAGAGGUGGUAAACGGCCCCAUGGACGUGGUCAGGACUAUCGACCGAAUGGUGACCAGCUUGAGUCCUCGCUUGAUGGCAGAAAGCGAUCACCUGACAUUCCAAAGUCCCAACAUCAAGUUGGCGGUGCAGCAGCAGAUGCUGUGGGAACCGUCCAAGGGACCAAGUUUCUGUGGUCCUGAGACGGAGAAACACUCCAGUCCUGACUGCAUCUCGGUGCCACAUCAGAAGAUCCAGGAUCUCCAUAACAACGGGUUCCACAAACUCACCUUGGUCAACACGUGGUACGGUUCUCUGCGGCCUCUUUUCAAUCCUGAAGAAAACAUCAGCAUGGUGCCGACCGUCACCGAUGGAAGUCAGAGAUAUCUGGGUACUAUCCUGGGCUCCUCGGUCAUAUCCACCACUGUUCUGGGAGACAAUCAGCCCGUCAGCACAGCAGUCCACUUUCAUCUCCAUCACAAAGUGCAGAAUCCUGCCGGCGCUGUGUACGACUCUGUGUGCGCCUUCUGGGACUUUACUCUCACUCCUGAGGCGGGCGGCUGGUGGAAUACCAAAGGGUGCAAAGUUGUUUCCAGACACUACGACCACACGGUGUGCUACUGCAACCACACCACCAACUUUGCAUUGCUACUGCAAGUCUACGAAGCCCAGCCGAGUCCAGAAAACAAAAAAGCUCUGCAGGUGCUGACGUUCAUUGGCUGUGGAGUGUCUCUGUGUGGCCUCCUCUUCACCUUCAUCCUUUUCAUUGUCGUGGGGGUUCCUAAGUCGGAUCGCACCACCGUCCACAAGAACCUGAUUGUGGCUCUGGGAGCGGCGGAAUUGUUGUUAAUGUGCAGUGACUGGGCGUCUGCCAAUGAGGCCGCAUGUUUUAUGGUGACAGCAUUGCUCCAUCUCUUCUUCAUGGCUUCUUUCUCCUGGAUGCUGGUUGAAGGGUUGCUGCUGUGGAGCAAAGUCGUGUCUGUCAAUAUCAGUGAGGACCGCAGAAUGAAACUCUACUACGCCAUUGGCUGGGGCCUGCCCAUCCUGAUCGUGGCGGUCACGCUGGCGGCCAGCGCCAACCAGUACAAGGCCGACGCCCACUGCUGGCUCAACUUGAAGACGGGCACCAUCUGGUCUUUUGUCGGACCCGUCAUCUUCGUCUUGGCAGUCAACUCGGUGGUGUUGUGCCGGGUCGUCAUGGUGACCGUUUCCAGCGCCCGCCGCCGCGCCAAGAUGCUCAGUCCACGCUCGGCAUCAAAAAUGCAGACCUUUGACCUCACCUGGGCUGUGACUCGACCAGUUCUCAUCCUGCUGCCUGUCCUGGGUCUGACUUGGCUGUGUGGAGUCCUGGUCCACCUGUCUGUUGUCAUGGCGUACAUCUUCACUGCUCUCAAUGCCUUCCAGGGCUUGUAUAUUUUCCUGGUAUAUGCAGUUUACAACAGUGAGGUGAGGAAUGCCAUCAAGAGGAUCAAAGAAAAGAGGAAGGCCUUAUCUUUCACAAACUGUUCCCAGCCGACCACCUUCACACCAUCUCAGAGAGCCCCCAUAAAAUCCUGGGACAUAAGUCCACCGGCCCCCUCCAGCCCUGAGACCAGUGAGACCUCCGGACCCCCCAGUUCCAUCUCAACUUCUCUGGUGAUCAAGAACGAGAGUUUCAGAAAAGAGAGCUUUGUGGGUUUCGCAUUCAAGCCGGCCUCAGGAAACCAAGUGGUGCAGCUCACAGCAUUUAAACAGUCAGGCUGCUGAACCGCAGGAUGGAGUCCAUGCUGGCGCCCUGGCAUCGCAGCAAGUACUCGCAUCGCCACAAGUACUCACAUCGCAACAAGUACAUACCGACGGUGGAAACCCCAAACGAACCCAGAACCUUUGCUCCACUGUCAUGAGAGUGAUGAAUAUUAAUAAUAAUAACUCACUUUUUCCCACCGUUAUUGCUGGGGUGUCCAAAGUGCGGACAUUUUAUCUCAUAAGAGUAAACAGCAAAAUUCAUCAAUAUAAAUGUAUUCUCCUUAUUCCGGCGUUUUUUUGUUUUUGUUUCCCGCCUUCUUCUCCCCAUGUUUUCGUCCGAUCGGAACCAUUCAAGUGUUCCAAAAUCCAACAUGUUUCCCGGGUUGCAAACAUUUCCGGAUUACACGGAAUUACCAGGAAUUUCCCCGUUGAAAAUGAAUGGGAAAUGUAAAAACUUUUACAUAUGCCACUUAUCUCAACGGAUUUGAACGGUUCCAAGGUCAAAAUGCUCCUUGCUCUUGUUCGUCAACUGCUAGCGGGCUAACGUUAGCAUGCUAACUUUUUUGGGAUAAUUUCCUGGUCGUACACCUUAGAGUCAUAAAACUUGGUCCAUGACACAUGUUUAUUGUUAGCGUGCUAAUGUUAGAAUGCUAACUUUUUUUUAUGUAACUUGGUACUUGACAUAUGCUAACAUUACCGUGCUAACUCUGUAGCUAAUUUUGCCGUUGGAGACCUCAGAGUCACAUGACUUGGUACAAGGCACGUGUUAAGUGUUAGCAUGCUAACUUUUUUCUCUAAUUUUGCAAUUGUACACCCCAGAGUUAAAAUAGGGUAGUACAGUGGUUAUCAAACUUUUUCCACCAAGUACCACCUCGGAAAACACUUGGCUCUCAAAGCAACACCAUAAUGACCAAUUUAAAAUACAGUAGCAUAGUAGGCCUAAGUUUUCAUUAAAAACAAGGCAGAGGUUUUAUUUAACGAGUAUAUUUGAUAUUGUUAGCCACUGUAACAUUACACACAGUUUGAACAGUAACAUUGUGUUUGAAUAUUUAAUGAAGUGAUUUUAGAUGGAUGGCUGGGCUCCAUUUAGUACCACAGUUUGAGAAUCACCGAUUUUGUACAUAACAUAUGCUAACAUAUGUCAAGUACUAAGUUAUAUGACUCUGGGGUAUGCAAUUGCAAAAUUAGCACAAAACAAUGUUAGCAUAAUAACAUUAGCAUGUUCACUUUUAUAGCCGAUGUCACUGUUUUAGAGCAGCGGUGUCCAAACUACUAUAAAUAUUAAUAUAUAUAAUGUUAGCAUGCUAACGUUAGUAUGUUAAAGUUAGCAUGCUAUCUUUUUUAGCCAAUGUUGCAUGGGUACGCCUCAGAGUUAUAUAACUUGGCAUUUUAACUGUCGCAAUGCUCACGUUAGCAUUACACUGCGCCUUUAGCGUAGCGGCAAAAUAUGGAUGUUUUGUCCUGGUAGAUUGGCAUAUAUUAAUUUUUAUGUACACAACUCUUUAAUUCUUCUGUAUGCAACCUUGGAUAAAGUUUGGACACCCCUGUUUCCUGGCAUGAAACACAAAAAUAACAGACUUAUUUUUAAUAUUAUCAUUAUUAUUAAAGGAAAACUUCAAAUUUUUGGAAUGUUGCCUAUCUAUCACAAUCCCUAUGACCGACUUGAACCAUUUCAUGCUAAAAAAUAAAAUAAAUAAAUAAUAAUAAAUUAAAAUUGUUUAACCUACAAAAGCAAAAUGAAUUAAAUAAUUUUUGCUGAUUAAUUUUACUGCGUAAUAUUGAUAAAGCGUUUUGUCUGGGGUCGCAAAAAGUUACUGUAAUUAAGUUAAAUGCUUGAAAUGAUGAAAAUAUGCAUAUAUUACACGUUAUUAUGAAUGUUACUACAUUACAUACUGUAUGUACUUACAGCAUGUAUUUAAAACCUUGAUGGGUGUUUUUUAACCCAUUACCUGUAUUGUUGGACACCUCGUGCUAGCAGUUUUUUUACUCUUUAGAAUGCACAGAAAAGGGAAAAACGUGUGUUCUUGUCUCACAUAGGAAGUUUGAUGGAUGGGCAAAAUUCCCCCCAAAAGUGCUGUUUACAUUUCAGUAUGAUCAUAUUGACCAGAAUAUGAAAGUGUUUUUUCGGCCCGAGAGAAGAGUGUAAAAAGGUUUAAAUAAAUCUUGUA